UGCUUUAACGGAUUUCAGACGUUUGUGUUACGGACCUCCGGAAAGUCCCGGGUGGACUUGACUGUGGCUGACCGACGGUAACCUCAGUCAGCCCCCCCAGCAGGUAUUAGAUCAGGUAACCGCGGGUUUAACGGGGAAAAGAGGUCCCCAUCACCGGGGAGGAUUCCCUGCACCCUAGGGACCGACCUCCCGUUGAAGAGGACCCGGACUUCAUCGCUUCCCAGCGGGGGACGAGCGAGAGGAAGUUACCGGAGCACCGGAGGACUGGAUCCUUACCGGGAAAAUUGAACAUUCUCACGGACCGGACCACCAGCUUGAUCUCAUUACGGGAACGGAUUGAUUGCUGGAUUCUAACGGAUUAAAACCGCCUUCUCCCGCCCCAGUUCCUCCCCGGUUUGAAUCAAUGAUUCUGAAUUCAUGUUUCCUCCAUCAGACAGAGUGAGCUCUUAAACCGGGAUCGUUUAGACCCGGUGCAGUAUCCGAGUGAAAUAAAGCCCCACGCUGGCUGUAUAUUAUCCACUAACCCCCCCAGAGAGAGAGAGAGAGAGAGAGAGAGCACUGCAGUGAGAGAGUUAUUACCUUUAUUAAGAACAGAAACACAGAGAGUCUGAAAUGAAGCCUCAUCUUUAAAACCAGAUACAGAGUCAGACUUCCAUAUAAGGGCAUACUGUUCAUCGUGGUAGAAAAAUUCCACUUUUCAACAAAGUCAAAUACAACCUCGACUAAAAUCCACCACACUGAGACAAAGACUGUGGGCACAUCUUGUGAGGUGAAACGCUGAUGUUGAAGCUGAACACUGAAAUGUGAGCGGAGCCUCUGUGGCUCCUAACACAAACCGUAAUGUGUUCUUCAGGAUCUGCAUCAUCAUUAUAAACCUGUAAUAGUGCAAUCGGGGUUUAUUUAUGCUCCAGAGCAGCUUUAAAAGAGAUUGACUUUAUGACGACCUGGGGAGAAUAACCUGCUGAGCUUUUGUUCAGGGGAGCAGGUGGUUGUUUCUGAAGAUUUAAAUAGAUUUUAACUUUCAGUCUGAUCCAGAUCAAUCCUGACUUCAGAUUUAUGUUUAGAGUCUCUCUCUAUCCGCGGUGGUUAAGAGUUUAGCUUACCAAGCUGUGAACAGUGUAUGGAUGGUACGCUCACUCUUUAGACACAUCCUCAACAGUAUACCUCCGCCCCCUCCCCCGCCCCCCCUCCUUCCUCCUCAGCCUCCACGAGAACUUGAAUCUGAGCCAUGCAGUAUUGAUUUUUUCCCCCGCUCACCGCAAAAACCAAAGCGCACAGAACAUCUCAUCCUUUCUGGUUUGUCAGUUGAGUUGCCUGAAAUGUAAGAUGUGCUGCGGCGAUCGUUUUCCUCUCUGAGUGGACGGAGCUGAAGGGCGUUGAGAGCGGUCUGACAGCGGCGAGGGCAGAGUUCAGGAGCAGCACGGAGACGAGCUCUGACGGACCGAGGUCACAACGUCUGAUUGAGUCUCAACGAGCUGAAGUCUGACCCCGCAUCAAUGAACCUGUUUCUGACCCGUCAGGACGUUUCUCUGCAGACACUUUGAGAUUUUCAGCUAAAUGGGACUAAACGACAGCAGCCCGGGCGCCAUGCGCAACGGCCGCGGCCUCUCCGACCAAUGGGCAGAAUCGGUGGUGGUCCGGCCUCGAACCACAGAGCGCCACAUCACCGUGCACAAACGUCUGGUGCUGGGCUUCGCUCUGUCCAUUCUGACCCUCAUCGUCGUCACCGCCGUCGCCGUGGUGCUCAGCGUCCGCUUCGAGGAAUGUGGCGGGCGAGAUGGCGAAGGAGCAACCGGGGAGGCGGGUUCGAGAGGCAGCGGCGGGUCGGGGAAGUUGAACGGGAGCCGAGGGGAGAGGAUGGGGGAGAGAGGGGAUGAGGAGGGGGCUCAGCCGUGGAGGAACUCCAGGCUGCCGGGCUCGUUGAGACCGCGGCACUACGACCUGCGGCUCGCCGUCUACAUGGACAACUUCACGUUCUCCGGCGAGGUCAGCAUCGAGCUGGAGUGUGUCAACGCCACCCGCUUCAUCGUGCUGCACACUGACCGCCUCGAGGUGGACAAGGUGUCCGUCACAGCAGAGGGCGGCACCGGGGGCCGUCCUCCUAACAAACCAGGGGGCGGAGUAAUGCGCCUCCACCGCCACUUCCCCUACCCGUCCAAUCAGAUGUACGUGGUGGUGCUGCACCGCGAGAUGAAGCCCAUGAGACUUUACCGCCUGAACGUGAGCUUCGACGCCGCCAUCGAGGACGAGCUGCUGGGCUUCUUCAGGAGCUCAUACACCCUGCAGAGAGAGAGACGGUUCCUGGCUGUGACUCAGUUCAGUCCCAUCCACGCCCGGAAAGCGUUCCCGUGCUUCGACGAGCCGGUCUACAAGGCCACGUUCUCCCUCACGCUGAGCCAUGACCCUCAGUACACGUCUCUGUCCAACAUGCCCGUGGAGAGCAGCUCGCUGUCGGAUGAAGACGGCUCGGUGACCAACCACUUCACCCGCACGCCGCGCAUGUCCACCUACUACCUGGCCUGGGCCGUCUGCAACUUCACCUACAGAGAGACGCAGACCGACAGCGGCGUGACGAUUCGACUGUACGCUCGACCGGACGCCAUUUCUAGCGGAGCUGGGGACUACGCUCUGCACAUCACCAAGAGGCUUCUGGGAUUUUACCAGGACUACUUCAAAGUCCAGUACUCACUGCCCAAGCUCGACUUGUUGGCGGUGCCCAAACAUCCGUAUGCCGCUAUGGAGAACUGGGGGCUGAGCGUCUUCGUGGAGCAGAAGAUCCUAUUGGACGCUGAGGUUUCGUCUUCGUCCUAUCAGAUGGAGCUGACCAUGGUGGUCGUCCAUGAAAUCUGCCACCAGUGGUUCGGGGACCUGGUGACCCCCAUGUGGUGGGAGGACGUGUGGCUGAAAGAAGGCUUUGCUCAUUUCUUCGAGUACGUCGGCACAGACUUCCUCUUCCCAAAGUGGAACAUGGAGAAGCAACGCUUCCUGACAGACGUCCUCCACGAGGUGAUGCUAUUGGAUGGCCUGAGCACCUCUCACCCAAUCUCCCAGGAGGUGGAGCAGGCGACGGAUAUCGACCGAGUCUUUGACUGGAUCGCCUACAAAAAGGGGGCGGCGUUGAUCCGGAUGCUGGCUAACGUCAUGGGACAGCCGCUGUUCCAGAAAGGACUCAAUGAUUACCUUCUGAGUCACAUGUACAGUAACGCAGCCAGAGACGACCUGUGGAGCAAACUGUCUCAGGCCAUGCAUUCAGAGGGGCGGGACAUCAAUAUUGGAGAGAUGAUGGACAGGUGGACUCUACAAAUGGGCUACCCUGUGCUUACCAUCAGCAAGAACCAAUCAGAGCAGCUCCCCACUCAUUACAUCACUGUCAACCAGGAGCACUUCCUGUAUGGACAGGAAGUGAGGAACAACAACAGUUUACAGUGGCAGGUGCCUUUGACCGUCGGCGUGGGAAACUCGUCCACGGUGUGUUUAGAGCGCCUCAUCUGGAUCAACAACAGGACAGAAACCCACAGGAUUGGUCAGAUGGACGAUAAAACUUGGUUGCUAGGCAACAUCAACCAGACAGGCUACUUCCGUGUGAACUAUGACCUCCAGAACUGGAAACUGCUCAUCCAACAACUCCACAGCAACCCUCAGGUCAUCUCUGUCGGGAACCGAGCUGGACUGAUCGAUGAUGCCUUCAACCUGGCCAGGGCCGGGUACCUCCCACAGGGCGUUCCCUUACAGCUGAUCGGCUACCUCCCGGAGGAGACAUCCUUCCUGCCGUGGCACGCCGCCAGCAGAGCGCUCUACCAGCUGGACAAACUGCUGGACCGCACAGACGACUACAGCCUGUUCAGUGACUAUGUACUGAAGCAGGUAGCAUCACGAUACCAUCAGAUGGGUUGGCCGACCAACGUCCCUGGCAACGAGGGCAACAUCCUGCAGGCUUCUUACCAGACCGAGGAGCUGCAGAGGGAGCUCAUAAUGUUAGCCUGCAGCUUCGGAAACAAACAGUGCCACCGUCAGGCCGUCGCCUACAUCUCCGACUGGAUCUCCAGCAACAAAAACAGGAUUCCUCCAAACAUCAGAGACAUCGUGUACUGCACCGGUGUGAGUCUGAUGGACGAGGACGUGUGGGAGUUCAUCUGGAUGAAGUUUCACUCGUCCAAUGCCGUCUCCGAGAAGAAGAUCCUGCUGGAGGCGCUGACCUGCUCCGACAACAUCUUCCUGUUGAACAGGCUGCUCAACCUGUCGUUGACCUCUGACCUGGUCCCCGAGCAGGACGUGAUCGAUGUGAUCAUCCACGUAGGAAGAAACUCACAGGGUCGAAGCCUGGCCUGGAAAUACUUCAGAGAUAAGUGGGACGUGCUGAACGCCCGUUACGGUGAAACGCUUUUCAUGAACUCAAAGCUCAUUGGGGGAGUCACAGAGUUCCUGAACACGGACAAAGAACUUACUGAGUUAAAGGAGUUCAUCCAGUCCAGUGGUGUCGGGGCGGGGCCUGCGUUGCCGCGGGCGCUAGAGAUCGUUGAGGGCAACGUGCGUUGGCAUCGCCUUCACCGGCGGCAAUUCUACCAAUGGCUGCGCAAACCUCAAAACUCCGCCCUCGGCUAACGCUUCACCAACUAGCUAGACUGAAGGGACUGCAAACUGACUGCUAAGCUAAUGCUAAUGCACUGCUAGCUUAAAUAUGCAGUCGGAAUGAAAAAAAGACUGACUGGAUCUUCAGCUGGUUACUCUUCUAUUUCUUUUUCUUUUGAAGAAAAUGUGUUUUCUAUUUUGUUUUAGACGCAUUGUUUGCUGUUAAACUGGUUUCUGCUGCUACAGACGCUGCUAGCUAACUAGAUAGCAGUGACUGUUAGCUGCCAGUUAGCAGCAAAAACAAUACAAGCUUAUCUCGAACAUUAGUUGUUGAAAUUGGUGAAGCAGUAACUCACGGUUAGUUUGGUUACUUCUGUUCAAAGCACAAUCAAACUUUUCUGAACCUUCCUGAUACGACAGCCGGGAGCGUGACGCUACGCUACGUUACAAAGGUGACACAGACGUCUCACCGCCACCUAGCUUAAAGUUUAAAGAACCUUAUUAGAGCCAAACUGACGCACAGUAAAGUCAUACGCAUCUCUGAUUGGCCCAACGUUCAGUUAUUGUUUUCAUCCUAACCCUCCAGAUCUCAAACGAGACCAGAAGUCCUCUACGUGGACUCAGAGUCCUAAACGUGGACUCAGAGUCCUCUAUGUGGACUCAGAG